AUGUCUGUCAACCAUGGCAGCAUGGCAACGCAUGGCCCUCAGGUCCUCCCCUCUUUCGCCCAGGCGUUUAGCACCCAUUCCCUCAGCAAUAUCCCUGGAAACAAUUCUUUGCCACCCAUCCAGUCGCGUCGCCCACCAAUGGACCAUCGCGGCGUUCAUCGUUCGCCUUCUCCACGAUCUCGUUCCAGACCAGGCAGUGAAGAGAAUUCAGAUUCCAGGACAGCAGGGAGGAAACGAACUCAUAAUGAUAUCACGUCUGCAACGCGCGAUGAGGAACCUUCUGGUUCAGACCGUGGCUCUCCGAAUCUAGUUCGGGUUAAGCAAGAGCAAGAUCAAGAUAUGCUCGAUCCAAGCCCCCCGCCGCCAGAUAAACCUGGCGGGCAGAGGCUGGCCCACGACUUUGGAGGCGCCCCCCCCCCAUCGAGCUUGCUUCCCUCUCCGAUGAAAAAGCGUCGCAUGACGGUCAGCGGUGCGCCGCACGCCUUGAACACUGACGUAAGAGCACCGGCAGACCAGACCAACUCGACACCUAUUUCUCCGGUGGUCAUGGGGUUUACUAUACAAAGGGAUAAUCCGUCCGCUGUGGAACAGGUUAGAUCUAUGAUUACUGUGAAGCAAAAGCAAAAGGCUCUCAUCGAGCAGCGAAGGGGGAGCGUAGCGGGUGUCAUGUCACCCAACAUGACCGCUAACAAUCCCUCCCCAGCCCCUGUUGAAGAACGCAUUUCUUCAACCUCAAAACCCCCUUCUGUGCCCGUCCGCACCACUCGCCGUAGUCCAAACAUGGCGGCGGCUUCGCGGAGGCCGCCCAACUCUUCUGCUCAAAGUCAUGGGAACCCUCGUGCGCCCAGCCCUAACUCGACGAGCCAGCAACAGUUACAGGUUCCCAGCCAGGCCUCUCAUCACUCCCUUCCUCCGCCUCCCAUCAGUUUUGCCAAGCGUCGUGCUGCGCAAAUGGGAGGGAAGAAGAAGCCAGCGGACAUCGUCAUCAGUCCUCGGGAGUUACAUACUCCAGAACAGUUUCAGCCUUCUAUUCAAAGCGCUCCUCCCAUCCCUCAUGCUGGGCAAGGGCAGUUCGGAAGAUUUACUAUGGCGCUUCCUCGAUUGCCUUCCAUUAUGGGCGUGAACGAAAACGUGCGCAAAAUACCUGGGAAUGUUCCACCAACACCCACGCGACUGGCAUUACAACGCAACGCUGGAGCUCCUACACCUCCUUCCAUUACCGUGUCUGGGGCUCCAAUACGGUCACCGCCAGCAUCAGUCCCGAUUGCAUCAACCCUCGUUCCUCCCACCCCUGCUUCACUUCAUCAUCCAGGGUACUCGGGUGAUAAAUCGGCAUUCCUGGCGCCGUUUGAGAUGUUUUACGAUGCUCUGAACGACUCAAAACAACUUAAGACGUGGCUUGGCGAACAGUUACAGAAGUCAAAUGCUCUUAUGCAAACCUUGACUCAGCAGCAGGAAAGGCUCAACGACGUGGUGGAAGCCAUGAUGGAAAGACGGAUGGCAACUGUACACACUGAAAUCUCGGGCUUACGCCAGCGUGUUGGAGAGCUAGAGGAUGCCCUUCGCGAUGCAACUUCUGGUCGACGGCAUAGUAUUGAUUUCACCGGUGGUGCGUUAUCUGCGACCAAACAGUCAUUACUAAAUGGGGCUUCGUCUGCUGCGCCAUCCAUGUCUGAAGGAUAUACAUUCCCUCCUGCACCUUCCGAUUCUAUGCGGCAUCACUCAAGGCGGCCGUCAUCGCCAGCAUGGGGACAAGACCGAGACGGACGCAGCCAGUUUACAACAGAACUGGAACCUGAGUCAUCGGUGCCUUAUGAUGCCAGACGCACGUCGGUCUCUGCUAGCCGUCUGGAUCCUCCUCGAAUCCACAAUCAAGACGCUUCCCAUUUCAGGACGCCCAAUACAAUGCAGUCGCCGCCCCAGCUGUACCAUGAGAAUCCAAUACAUCUCCCUAACAAGCCUUCAAGGGGUGAACGACCACCACUUAGUAGGCAGGCGUCACAUACCUCACAGCACGGCGAACGGUGUGACAGUCCAAAAUUGAAACGGGCAGGUAGCAGAAGAAACUCUAUCGUCAUGUCGCCACCUGAAGGCGACGAUAGCUAA